AUGGAAAAAGUAAAAGCUUACUUGAUUACCAGUCUAGGAAUCGACUUAUUAUUCCUUGUUCUAGUAUUAAUCAGCCUCCAUCUAUCAUUUUUCGCACUAGGGGUAAUACCAAAUUAGGAUUACGACAUCUCGCUUACAGAAAUCUCCACGAAAUUUGAAAUUAACCUUGGCAGAGCAUACUGUUCAGUUACAUUUGAAGAAUUUCAACAAUCAUCAUGCCGACUAAUAGAUUACCCGAUUGAUAUUAUAUGUGACCUCAAAAAUAAUUUAGAAGGAGCAGGCAUCGUUUAUAUUAUCUUUUCGCUUUUAUCUAUUAUAUCAUUACUUUUCAGUGUACUACAUUUUAUACUAAUUUUGAUUGUAAAAAUCAAGCCGUUCCCUUUCUUAAGUUAUAGCCACAUCACGUCAGCUCCUGCUUAUAUAUUAGGUGCAAUUUUUUAUAUAUUAAUCAGUACUUAUUACUCGAUUUCAGAUACUAAAAUCGGCCCAGGAAUUCUUUUACUCCUGCCUCUUAAAUUGGAGCAAAUUUUUUAGGUAAUUUUUUUUAUAAAAUUAGUUUUAACCUAAUUUAAUGGAAAAAAUGCAAAUAGAAUAUUAUUUAAACAGUUUUCACACUUAGUUUUGAAUUAAUUUCUCAAAAAUAAAUUAAAAUUCAAAAAUAUUGGAUUCAAUUUACAGUUUUUAAUUUUUUAAAAAAUUUUCGAAAAUUUUUAUUUUAAAAAAUUAAAAAAUUAUUCCAAUUGGGAGGGGAGCUAGUAUAUAUAAUCACUGCUAUAGCUCUACUUCAAAUAUCGCUUUACUUUUAUAUAAAACUUUUUAAGGACUGAAACUCAGCUGACAUUAUGAAAUAUGCUGUAAUUGAUGAGCAAGUUAAAGCCGAAGAUGGAACUGAGAUGAAUUUCACACAUAGUGAAAUUUUUAGGUCAAAAUUUAAUGAAUUAUCACCGAGGUAUGAAGAAUUACAACAGAAAUAUGAAGAAGAAACAAAGCUAACAUCGUCACUUAAACAAGAAAAAAUGCAGGAGUUUCGAAGAUCAAAGCUAAUUGAAGAAAGAAAAGAACAGGAAAUGGUGCAAAUGAAGGGUGAGUUGUUGAGGAUUGAGAGAGAUAGAAACGAAGCAAGGGAAAGAAUAAAAAUAAAUGAAGAAUCUAUUAUGAAAUUGAAAAAAAUAAUUUUUGACUUGGAAAGUGAGAAAAGAAUAGCGGAAACUAACCAGAUUGAUGGAAACAAUAUAUAUGGAACCCAAAAAAAUAGCCAAUAUGAAGAAGCUGAGAUCUCUAGUACAAAAAUGCUUAUCCAAAAAAUAAAAGAAUUGGAAAAAGAAAUAGAUUUAAAGGAUAAAGAGAUUUUGAAAUUAAAUUCAAGCGCAAAUGAGGUAUCUUUUGAGAAAGAAAGUGCUCAAUUAUUUGAUUCUGAAAGCAGCAUAAAUAAAGUGUCAUUCGGUUCGAGUGAAAUUAGCUCCGUUAAUUUUCUCUCCCUCCUCAAGCAAUUUUAUUUGUGGAGUUAGGUUUUCUUCUGAGAACUUCUGUACAGCAACAGCAGUUAACUCUGGCAGAUAAGCUGAGGUACUGCUCCAAGUACAUCAAGAGGCUCGAAGUUUUAUCUCAGCACACCCGAGGAACGUGGCCCUUAGGCGGGAACAGGAGCUGAGUCAAGGAAGGCAAGGCAGCACAGCCCAUCGAAGCUGGAACGCUGUAUUCUGCCCGUCCCAUGGUGCAACAAAGUGGUUCGAUCCAGAGGUCAAUGGGCCCGACACGUGGACAAAUAUGGUGGCAGCUCUGGAAAUGGCUACCCCGUAGUGGACGUUAACGUAAUAGAUAAUAUAACGAUAACGAUUCUGAAAGCAGCAAUAUUAAAUCUUAUCAAAACUUAGAGCCAGAAACUAAUGAUUUGGUUCUAAAAUAUAAAUCAGAAAGUGAAUAUUUGCAGCAAACAUUAAAUCAAUUGUCAGACGAAAGAAAAAUGGUGAUAAAAGAAAAUUUAACUCUUUUAGAAAAUGUAUUAAAAGCGCAGAAAACUAUAGAUGAAACAGAUCUAAAGCUAGGAUUAUUAAAUUCAGAAAUUGCAAGCUUGAAAAAUCAAAUUUAUGAUUUAAAUUUGCAAAAUAGUAAAAAUGAAGAAAAAAUAGUUUUAUAUGCAGAAAUUAUUAAAAAUCAAGAAAAUCAAAUUUUGAUGAAAAAUCAAGAAGCAGCUUCAAUGAGAGAAUUGGUGGAAAGUAAAGAAACAGAAUUAGUAAAUAUUUUGAAGGAAGCCGAAGAUUAUAAGAAUAAAGUGGCUAAAUUAGUUGAAGAGUUGAGCAAAGCAGAAAUAGAGAAAAAUGAAAUAAUGAAUACUUUGACUGAUUUGAGACUAGAAAAUCAAGGCUUGAUGGAAGAAAGUGAGAAGCGACAAGGCUAA